AUGAGAGAUGUAGGUUUAUGCCGUUUAGGGAUUCUCUUUGCAAUCACAGUCUCUAUAGUCCUGAUGUUGGUCUCUGUACCUAGAACAGCUUUGAACAGAGCUUCCACAGACGGAGAUUUGGAUGAUUUAGAUUUAGACAAAGAUUUGGAAUCUAAGCUUAAUGCUUCAUUGCUAAGAGUAGCUAGAGGUAACAAAAUGUCACUUAGGCUGCAAAGAAGGAACCUUUUACCGCCGAGAAAUCUGGAUCUGUUCCCAAAUCUGGCCAAAGACCGUGUGGUUAUCGUCUUGUAUGUGCACAACCGAGCUCAGUAUUUUCAAGUAACUGUGGAAAGCUUGUCAAAAGUUAAAGGAAUAAGUGAGACACUGUUGGUUAUUAGCCAUGAUGGUUACUUUGAAGAGAUGAACAAGAUUGUGGAUAGUAUCAAGUUUUGUCAGGUGAAACAGAUCUUCUCUCCUUACUCUCCUCACGUGUUCCGAGCUAGCUUCCCAGGGGUAACCAAGAACGACUGCAAGAACAAAGGUGAUGAGGCAAAGACGCAUUGCCAAGGCAAUCCUGAUCAGUAUGGGAACCACAGGUCUCCAAAGAUUGUGUCUUUGAAGCAUCACUGGUGGUGGAUGAUGAACACGGUUUGGGAUGGACUGGAAGAGACUAAAGAUCACAAUGGUCAUGUCCUUUUCAUCGAAGAAGAUCAUUUUCUUUUUCCUAAUGCUUACCGCAACAUACAGGCUCUCACUAGGCUGAAACCGGAGAAAUGUCCUGACUGUUUUGCUGCUAAUCUUGCACCGGCUGAUGUGAAGUCAAGAGGAGAAGGGUUUGAUAGUUUGGUUGCAGAGAGAAUGGGGAACGUUGGGUAUUCGUUUAACAGGAGUGUGUGGGAGAGUAUACACGAGAAGACGAGAGAGUUUUGUUUCUUUGAUGAUUACAACUGGGAUAUAACCAUGUGGGCUACUGUUUUUCCUUCGUUUGGCUCCCCUGUUUACACGCUGAGAGGGCCUAGGACGAGCGCGGUUCACUUUGGGAAAUGUGGGUUGCAUCAAGGGAGAGGAGACGAAGGAGAUUGUAUCGAUAACGGGGUUGUGAACAUCGAUGUGAAGGAGACGGAUAAAGCUGUGAACGUCAAAGAAGAAUGGGGUGUGAGGGUGUUGAAGCAUCAAGCUGGUUAUAAAGCUGGUUUCGAAGGUUGGGGAGGUUGGGGAGACGAGAGAGACAGGCAUUUGUGUUUGGAUUUUGCCACAAUGUAUCAUCCAAGAAGCAGCAGUGAAUCUCCAUGA